AUGGAAAAUAAUACUCAUCGAUUCAUCAUUUGCUUCUUCCUAUUUAUUCUUCAUGUUCGUUCGAAUGAUCUAGUUAACCUUAAUGAGCAUUUUCUAGCUACAUAUGCUCGCGCUCGCGAUCAUCUUCUUUCUCAAACAAGUCCGCUAAUCAUUUGUAUUAGAGAUAAUAUUAUUAUCCACUAUCGUGGUAAACGGUACGAAGAACAAGUCAUACCUAAAUCGUAUCAUGACUUAAAAGCCAUCUCACAUAUUCCAUUUAAAAUCUAUUUGACAGUUAUGUUCGAUACCGUCGGUUUGUCUGAAGACAAUUCCAUUGAAUUGCAACGUUAUUUAGAUAAUAUUCAAACGAUUCGAAAUAUUCUUCAAUUUCCACAAGAUAUUCUACAAAAUCAAUAUGACAUCAUCGAUCUAUCGAUAAGAUACUUGAAUACGAUCUUAUCGACGAAACUUGUUGAUCGAAAGGAACUGAAGCAAUUCUGCGAAGAAGCACAUCGUUUAUUUGCAUUAAACAUCGAAUUAGCUGCACAGAUGCAUCUGGAUUUACUCGAUGAAAAAGUUCGAGUUUGGUAUUAUGAGCGUUUCAAUGAAACAGAGCGUGAUGCAUUGAGAGUAACAAUCAUCGGACCGAAAACGGCAAGACAUGGCUUUCUGGAAAAGACGUACUUUUACCAUCUAAUCGGUGAGAAACGUGAAGGCAAACAUAUUAUAUACGCUGAAAAUGUUGAAUCAGAAGAAAAAGCCUUAGAAGUUCUCGGUAUAUGGAUGCUGGAUGCCAAAGCUGCAGCAAUGUUUUUCGAAGGUGAUACAGAACGACUACAUCGAGACCUGCUUUCCGAUGCAACAGCGAAAUACAUCAAAGGAUUAUUCAAAAAAUCAAAAAUUGAGUUAUAA